UUUGCUUAUUAUAGGUAAACAUAAUUACAUUCACACGCAGUGUUUGAAAUUAAUCAUUAAAAAAUAUAUCUUGAAAUAACAAACUUAAAUAAUGAGUUUAUCUCAGUCCACGUGUGUUUCAAAGAAAUUAAAUUUUGGAUUUAUGUACUGGAGUUAAUAUUAAUAAUUACUCAUGAAUAAUUUAAUUGCCUGUUCAUUUAAACGCUGUAGGUUCUUUAAUUAUAAAUUUAUGCAAUUGACUGUCAUACAUCGGAGAGUUACAAAUAUCAAAAUUAACUCAUCAGUAAUGACAGGUAGUGAAUUUGAUAUGCGGUUGGAAAAUAAAAGUGAUUGGGAUUCUAUGGAAUUUUUUUCAUGGUUAAAAAACUCAGCGCCUAUUUUUCCUGUCAAUGCUUCUAAAGUCACUGUUAUUCAUGAGCCAACAGUAUUUUAUUCAACUUUGAUAGAAAAAUGUAAGCGAGCUGAGAGAAGAAUAACACUGGCAUCUCUUUAUUUGGGAACUGGAAAACUUGAAGGGGAUUUGGUUCAAGCAAUAGAAAAAUCAGUCAAAUCAAGCAAUGGUCACUUGAAAGUAAAUAUCCUAUUAGAUUACAUGAGAGGUUCGCGUGGUCAGAAAAAUUCCCGAACAAUGUUGGAACCCUUACUCAAGAGCCAAUGGGUUGAUAAUAUUAAAAUACACUUAUAUCAUACCCCAAAAUUACGGGGCUUACUCAAGAAGUUUAUACCAAAUCGCUUUAAUGAAUUAAUAGGAUUACAACACAUGAAAGUUUAUAUUUUUGAUGAUUCUCUAAUUAUCAGUGGAGCUAAUUUGAGUAACGACUACUUCAUGAACCGGCAAGAUCGUUACUUUCUUAUCGAAGACUGCAAAGAAUUAUGUGAUUUUUACAACGAUUUAAUAUCUCAAGUAUCAGAAUUCAGUUUCCAAUUGCUACCUGAUAACUCAACCUCAUUCAACACCAAGUCGAGUCCUCAUCCGUUUGAAAGUUCAACUGCGGACUUUGUAUCAGCGGCUCAAAGCCGGAUCCGUAAGUUUUACUUCAAUGAAUUGGAUAAACGUCAAGCUGCCAGUGACACCAGCACAGACACGUGGAUAUUUCCGCUGAUACAAAUGGGCCAGCUUGGAAUCUAUCAUGAUAAUGAAAUCACUCUGAGAUUAUUAAAAACCGCGCCGCCAGGAGCUAGCCUCAGGUUCGCGACAGGGUACUUCAAUUUGACGGCGGAGUACUCAAGUGCCUUGAUACGGGACUGCAAAGCUUCAGUCCAACUACUCACUGCUCAUCCGACAGCUAAUGGUUUCUUUGGAGCCAAAGGAGUAGCCGGUGGAAUUCCAGCAGCGUAUACUUUAAUAGAAAAGUCAUUUUAUAAAUCUUGCGAACGUCUGGGAAUUAAUGAACGUAUCAAUCUAAGAGAGUAUGUUCGUAGCGGCUGGACAUAUCAUGCCAAAGGCCUCUGGUAUACUUUACCAAAUCACAAAAAACCUUCGUUUACUUUAAUCGGUUCAUCAAAUUUUGGUUAUCGAUCAGUAAAUCGUGAUCUAGAAACCCAGAUAGCCAUAGUAACAAAAAAUGAUAAACUACAAAAUGAUUUACAUGAAGAGUACGAUAGAUUAUACAAAACUUCACAAAAAGUUACCAGUACUUCGUUGGCUCAGCAAGAUCGAAUAGCUCCAACUUGGGUUUACGCCGCAGUAUUUUUAUUUCGAUACUUUUUUUAAAAUAACUAUCGAGUUUAAAUAAAAAACUUUUUUUAAAAA